GCCAUGAGAGGGAUUGCAUUCCUUCUCUACCUCCUCAGCCUCUUUUCUUUCUCGAUUGCCGGCGAUAGCUUGACUCCGACGCAGCCCCUGCUCGACGACGGCGGCAGUGGAAACUUGGUCUCCGCCGGCGGGAGGUUCGAGUUGGGGUUCUUCAACCCUGCCGGCACGCAGAACCACUACGUCGGCAUAUGGUACCACAACAUCUCCGACAAAGCCGUCGUAUGGGUUGCGAACCGUCAACGCCCAAUCAACGGCGGCUCCGGACGCCUCUCCCUCGCCUCCAAUGGGACCCUCGUCGUCACCGACGACAACUCCACGCUGUUCUGGUCGUCGUCUUCUUCUUCUUCUUCUUCUAACAGAGCCUAUAGCCCAGUUGCGACACUCCGCGACGAUGGGAACCUCGUCAUCAGGGACGACCCGAACAGCGACUCUGUUUCAUGGCAGAGCUUCGACUUCCCGACGGACACGUUCCUCUCUGGCAUGAUAUUCGGGAGGGACGACUCGAGCGGGCGCAACGUCAACAUCACGUCAUGGGCAAGCACCGGCGACCCGGCGCCGGGAAGCUACGUGCUGGCAAUGGACCUUGACGGAGUUCCGCAGCAAUUCCUGUGGCAGGACUCCGAGCAGGUGGCGCGAUUAGGGCCAUGGAACGGGGUCUACCUGGGCGGCGUGCCGACGAUCAACUCGCAGGACUUGAUCGAUUACUUCUUCAUGGUCAGCUCUCGGGAGUUCAUCUACUGGUACACCGUCCGCGACCCAUCGGUCUUGGUGAGGGUGACCGUGACGCCGCAGGGCUCCGGACAGGUGCUGAUGUGGGUGGAAGGGAGCCAGUCAUGGAUUUCGCAAGACUCCUAUCCGAGGGACCUCUGCGACCACUACGCCCAGUGCGGCCCCAACGGCGUUUGCGAUCCGAACGGAUCUGCCAUCUGCCGGUGCAUCCAGGGGUUCCAGCCGAAGAACCCCAGGAACUGGGGCGUCUGGGGUUGGACGGACGGCUGCGUGAGGAAGACAGAGUUGGACUGCCGCAACGCAACCGACGGCUUCUUCACCUUCAGCAACGUAAAGCUGCCAGACACGUCUACGUCGACGGUGGACUGGAGCACGCGGAGCCUGGUCGACUGCAGGGCCUCGUGCCUGAAGAAUUGCUCCUGUACGGCCUUCGCCAGCGCCAACAUCAGCAGCGGCAGCGGCUGCAUCUUCUGGACCGCCAACCUCACCGACAUCAAACACUACAACAACGGCUUCGGCCAAGAUCUCUACGUUCGAUUGGCACGAUCGGAUUUAGAAUCGAUGUCUAGUGGCCAUGGCAACAAGAAGCGGGUAGCUGUGAUCGUAGUGGCCCCGGUGUUAGCGACGUUUCUCUUGGCUACUGCCGUGAUUCUCCUUUGGAGACGAAGGAAGACGAGAAACAACAAAACGACAGGGCAUCAUGCUGAUGAAGAAGCAGUGGAAGAGAAAAACUUGGAUAUGCCGCUAUUCGAUUUGAGUACUCUUGCAGAGGCAACCGGAGACUUUUGCGCUGACAACAAGCUCGGUGAGGGUGGAUUUGGCCCUGUUUAUAAGGGAAAGUUGAAGGAAGGUCAGGAAAUAGCUGUGAAGAGGUUAUCAAAGACGUCGAUGCAGGGCACGGAUGAGUUCAAGAACGAGGUGAUGGUGAUCGCCAAGCUGCAACACAGGAACCUUGUUCGCCUUCUUGGCUGUUGUGUUCAGGGGGGAGAAAGAAUGUUGAUCUACGAGUACAUGCUCAAUGGAAGCUUGGAUACCUUCUUAUUUGAUAAAGAUAGAUGUCGAAUGUUGGAUUGGAGAAUGCGAUACAAUAUCAUACUUGGCAUUGCUCGAGGCUUGCUUUAUCUUCACCAUGAUUCUCGAUACAGAAUCAUACAUAGGGAUUUGAAAACUAGCAACAUACUUCUCGACAAGGAUAUGAAUCCUAAAAUAUCUGAUUUUGGCAUGGCAAAAUUAUUCAGUGGAGAUGAAAUAAUAGGAAAUACCAAGAGAGUCGCAGGAACAUAUGGAUAUAUGUCUCCCGAAUAUGCGAUGAAUGGAAUAUUUUCGGUGAAAUCUGAUAUAUUUAGUUUUGGUGUGAUAGUGCUUGAAAUUAUAACGGGUGAAAAGAAUAACGGAGCUUAUCAUCAUAAUCUUCUAGGAAAGGUUUGGAGCUUAUGGAAAGAAAAUAGAGCUUUUGAAAUAGUUGAAGAUUUCAUCCACCAUUCUUUUCCUUUGGAUGAAGUUUUGAGAUGUAUAAAAAUCGGACUUUUAUGCGUUCAAGAGCGACCAGAAGAUAGACCUGAAAUAUCUUUGGUGUUACUAAUGUUGGGAAGCAAUAGUUCUUUGUUAUUGGAACCCAAGCAACCUGGUUUUGCUGUUAUAGGUGAUCAAAUUGACACUGAUUCAUCGUCAAGCAAGGGUGCUUUGUUAUCGAACAAUCGGUUGUCUAUUACAAUGUUUGAAGGUCGAUAACAAGCAGUAGCUAUAAAAUUACUAUAUAAAUUCUGUAAAGAGUUGUAUUUUUCUUUCCAACUCUCUGUUAUCAAGCAACACAAUA